AUGCAGCAGCAGUAUCGCGCGUACGCGCAGCAGCAGGUGCCACAGCGGUCUCCGCAUGCACAGAAUCAGCGCAGGGGUGGCGGCGUCGUUCCAAUGAUGUCUGCAGGACCUCACCCGCAAGUACCGCUCACGCAGGCACAGAUUGCCCAGCAACAGCAAGCCCAAGCACAGGCUAGCGAGCUGGCCAAGCGUCGAAGCCGGAAGCCUACCGACAAGAAUUUGCCAGAUGGUGUUGAGGACUGCAUCGUUGAUCCUGAAUCCGUAAAGCGAUACAAUGAUUUGCGGGACAUUGAGCGCCGAGUUGAUGCGACGAUGACGCGCAAGCGCCUGGACCUCACCGAGAGCGUCAACCGUGGCCCCAAAACAUACAACAAAACGCUUCGUAUCUGGAUUAGCAACACAGUUGAAGAUCAGGUGUGGCAAGGCAGUGGUCUCAAUGUGGACGCCUUUGACUUCACUCCUAACACGGAGGCAUCAUACCGCGUCAAGAUCGAAGGUCGUCUUCUUGACGAUGAUACCCAUCAGGAUGCGGCACCGAACGAGGGGGACGAUACGACCAUGGAGGACAGCAAGGAUGCGGCCGACGGGCAACAGACAGUCAAGGGCACAGCCCAGGCGCCUCAGAAGAAGCCGCGCUUUUCGCACUUCUUCAAGGCCAUCAACGUCGAUGUCGACGCCUCGAAGUUCCGUAACGGCACCGAGCAAAAUGUCGAGUGGAAGAAGCCUGAGAUCAACCAGCGUACCCAAGGAUCAGCGGGUCUGCCGGCUGCUGCCGACUUUGAUGAGUUUACUUUCAAGCGCAGCGGUGACGAGAACAUGAACAUCACCAUCAACCUGCAUCGCCAAGAGACGCCGGAGCGCUUUAAGCUGAGUGUUCCUCUUGCCGAAAUCGUGGAUAUGAAGGAGGCGACGCACCAGGAGGCCGUCAUGGGACUCUGGGAGUACAUUCGACUAGCUGGUCUGCAAGAAGAUGAAGAGAAGCGCAAUUUUCGUUGUGACGAGCUUCUUAAGCAGGUCGUGAGACGGGGCGAGAUUGGACAAAUCCCCGAGCUGUCACUCUACGUGAGGGAGAACCUCAGUCCUCUGGACCCUAUCAGUCUGCCAUACACGGUCCGUAUGGACGAGGAAUUCCACAAGGACCCCAAGCCCACCGUUUACGAUGUUCAAGUCGCCGUCGGUGAUCCUAUGCAGGAGUCACUUCAGCCUCUUCUCAACAACCCUCAGUUUGCCAUGAUGCUUAAGGAGGUGACGGGCCUGGACGAGCAACUGGCAAGGAUUGUGCAAGCUGUCGGGGUUUCAAAAGCCAAGCACUCAUUCUUCACCUCACUAAGUGAGGAUCCCGCAAACUUUGUGCGCAACUGGCUCAGCUCGCAGAAGCGCGACCUAGACAUCAUCAUGGGCGAGUCAACCAGGGCAGGAUAUGACAAUGUCGCAGGCGAUGAGUGGCGUCGGGGCGGCGCUGGUAGUAUAUGGGACAGCCAGAGUGCGCGGGAGAGUGUCAAUGUCUUUCUGUCUAAGCAACGAUAA